GUUUUGUGGGUAUGAGGCCGUCCAUGCGAAGCUCUUCGGUGGCCAUGAGGGCUGAGGAGGAGGAGGGCGAAGUUGAAGAGAAGCCCAUCGCCGAGGGUGACCGCCUCAGGCUCAAGGUCCAGUCGGCUGAAGGCGAUGCCAUCAAGGAGGCCGCCUCCGAGGUGAUCCUCCCCAGCGCUAGCGGCCAGCUUGGCAUCUUGGCCAACCACGCGCCCAUGAUGUCCGCCCUGGAUGUGGGCGUCCUCCGAUACAAGCAGGACGGCAAGUGGGUGCCCGUGGUGGUCAUGGGCGGUUUCGCUUCCGUGGACUCCAAUCAGCUCUCCGUCCUCUGCAACGACUUCGAGAUCGCAGAUGACAUUGACAUGAACGAGGCCAAGACGGAGAUGGAGAGUGCCACCGAGAUGAUGGAGAAGGCAGACUCCAAGACCGACAAGCUGGAGGCCACGCAGAAGGUGAAGAGGGCAGCUGCGAGACUCCAGGCGGCCAUGUUCAUGUCCAAGAAGUGA